AUGAAUAUACCACCGGCAUCCCGCGGCGGUCCUCUCUCGUGGCGGACCUGCUGUCGGUGUCUGCGACAGCAACAGACCCGCCUCGCCCCGCUAUCACAACAUCGCCAUCAGCUAUUAUACCGUUCUUUCGCGACAACAGGCGCGUUCCGCUCACCUGCUGCUGCGAGCAGCAAUAAUCCUCUACGGUUGUCGAAGUCAUUGUCAAGAACGCCAUCCUCAAAAGAUGACACCGCGCAGUACAAGCGCGCUAUGGUGCGCUCCGCCGCCGGAAUAGUCGCAUGUGCUCUCGCCAUGUACGGCAUCAUCAAGCUGAACGUGUUCGGGCUACCAGAUGAGAACGAGCAGAAUGAGAAGAAGAAGAAGAAUGAGGCGGAACCACAAUCUGGCAACGGGAGCAUCAAGCUGGACGGACCCAGCGCCGAUUUCCCCAGCAGUCCGUCGGUGAUUCGCAUCCAGGGCCAGGACGGAGUCGAGCAGGUCGAGACGGGCAACAGCACCGUGCCGCACUUCCCGUCGACGAUCAAGCUGCCCAAGACGAUCGAUGCCUCGUCUCUCCAGCCCGGUCAGGAGCUGUCCGUUUCUCCUGACGCGCAGGAGGAGGAAUACCAGCUUCUCGGUCUCGGGAUCCGCACCGUCUCGUUCCUGGCCAUCCAGGUCUAUGUCGUGGGGCUGUACGUCGCCAAGUCUGAUCUCGCGACCCUGCAGCAGCGAUUGGUCCGCACGGCCGUGCAGCCUCCUACCGGGGACGCCGCGCAGGGCGGCGCGGUCGCGGCGACAUCGCUCGUGUCGACGGAGCGGGACGCGCUCAAGCAGCUUCUGCUCGAUCCGGAGAAGGGCGAGGACGCAUGGGAGAAGAUCCUGAAGGAAGGGAACCUGCGGACGGCGAUCCGGAUCGUGCCGACGCGCAACACGGAUUUCAUGCACAUGCGCGACGGCUGGGUGCGGGGGAUGAUGGCGCGGGUGCAGAGACUCAACGCGAAAGCUAAGGAGCAUGCGGCUGCUGCUGCUGCAGGCGAGUUCGAGGACGAGAGUUUCGGCCAGUCGGUCAACGAGUUCAAAGCGCUUUUCGGCCGCGGCACCCGCAAGAACAUCCCCAAGGGCCAGGUGCUGCUCCUGCUGCGCGGGCAGGAGGGGGCUCUCGACGCGCUGCAUCAUCCCGACCCGGCGCAGCCGCUGCGGUGGCUAGGCCGUGUCUCCGACGAGCGGAUCAGUCGUCUGCUGUGGCUGAACUAUCUGGCAGGGAAGACGGUGGCCAGCGAGGCGGCGCGCGAGAGCAUUGUGGAGGGGGUUAUGGGGAUAGUGGAGCGGCCGGUAGGGACGGUCAUUCAGAAGGUGAUCUAA